AUGGCUCUCUGCUACCCCACGGCUGUGGGCAUCCACAAGGACCACAAAGUGACAAAGAACGUGAGCAAGCCGAGGUACAGCUGCCACCGUGGGCACCUCACCCAGCACACCAAAUUCGUGCGGGACAUAAUCUCAGAGGUGUGUGGCUUUGUCCCCUAUGAGUGGCGUGCCAUGGAGCUGCUCAAGGUCUCUGACAAGUGGGUCCUGAAAUUCAUCAAGAAAAGGGUGGGGACAGACAUCCAUGCCAAGAGGAAGAGAGAGGAGCUGAGCGAUGUCCUUGCAGUCAUGAGGAAGGCAGCAGCCAAGGACUGA